AUGCAUCUGGCGCAACCGAACAGAUCUAGAGGGCUCCCAUAAAUUUGACAAUAUUGGAUCAUGAAUGACUAAUUUACUAGGUACAUGUCCUACUUGUUUGGUCGAAACAAUGAAUGCAGAAUGCCCACAAAAGAAAAGUAGGUAAAGCAUUUAUUCGACAUAAAUGAUGAGAUUUCCUUUUGUCAGUUGAGUUGUUGAAGCAGCUAGGCCAACAAUUGUUGUUGAAGAAAAUCCAAUGUUUUAUGUUGCAAGAUUUUCUCUAAAAUCAUGGUGAUUGGCCAUCUUGUUUCUUGCAGUGCAGACAGUUCUUAUUGAUUCGUUGGAAGUUGAGACGUAGUAUUUAAUUGAAGCAAUAUUAGCCGUUAAGGAUUUUAUAGUUAUUGUUAAAGGUCCUCUCAGGGCCGCUCGGCCGCGCCCAUGUUUACUUCUCUGGACUGACAGUUGAGAAGGAACAAUUACAACCCCUUUCCUCUCCACCUACCCCUAACCUUCCAUACCUCCUCCAUUCCCAUUCUUCCCCUUUCAAUGGCGACAAUUCACAACCUCACGGUGAUCCUCAAGAACCCGCUAAACCACGCGGAAUUCCUCCUCGUCAAACAGACGCGCCCGAAUAGAUUUGGCGACGAAGAGUACGAUUCCUUCGUGGAUUCCGAGCUCUGGGACCUCCCCUCCACUCGGCUGAACCUUUUGGAGGGAGAAUCCGAGUCCCAGAUUGUCGUGGUAGGCGCCGAAUCGUGUUCGGAGAAGAUCAAUCUGAGGAAACUUGAUAUCGAUUCUGCUCUGGACCGGGCAUUGGAUCAAGUGGGGCUUGUGGCAACUGAUGGGGCUGAAUGGAAAUUCUGGAAGUAUGUGGAGGAACCUGAGUUUGGACCAGGUUUGCCGGUUCAUAAUGUGUUUAUUACAGGACAAUUGGUGGCUGGGAAAAAUCUACAAGAGUUGUGCAAGUGGAUGUCAGUCGAAAUAUGUCUGAGCUGGCUUCUGGAAGUGAAACCAAGUAGCAAUCGCGUGGGACCUCUGGUAGUUGUUGGUCUGAUAAAUGAUUCGAUGCAACCUGCAGAUCGGAUAGUCCCACCCAUCUUACGGUAUCAGGAGUACCCUCCUGGAGUUAAAGUUAUACCUAUUGGAAGUAAGACAGCAAAGCCUUUUCAUACAACAAACUUGAUCGUAUUUGCCCCUGAAAAUGUUUCAAAUGAAAGUGAGAAAAAUAGUUUUGUUGCUUGUGGGGAUGCAUUGAUAGUGGAUCCAGGAUGUCGGUCUGAAUUCCAUAAAGAGCUCCAAAAAAUAGUUGCUGCUUUGCCACGAAAGAUCAUUGUCUUUGUUACCCAUCACCAUCGGGAUCAUGUAGAAGGUCUUUCAAUCAUCCAAAAGUGCAAUCCUGAUGCGACCCUAUUGGCACAUGAAAAUACAAUGCGACGCCUUGGAAAAGGUGACUGGUCCCUUGGCUAUACCUCAGUUUCUGGAGCAGAAGACAUUUGCAUUGGUGGUCAGCGAUUAAGUGUCGUUUUUGCACCGGGACAUACAGAUGGCCACAUGGGGCUGCUUCAUGUGAGUACUAACUCAUUGAUUGUCGGUGAUCAUUGCGUUGGUCAAGGAAGUUCUCUCUUGGACUUUUUUUCUGGUGGAAAUAUGAGUCAAUACUUCCAGACAACUUACAAUUUUUUGGAGCUUUCCCCUCAUGCUUUGAUUCCCAUGCAUGGGAGAGUUAACCUUUGGCCAAAGCACAUGCUUUGUGGAUAUCUCAAGAACCGCAGAAGGAGAGAGACUUCCAUCUUGAAAGCGAUUGAAAAUGGAGCAGAAACAUUGUUCGACAUAAUUUCAGAUGUAUACUCUGACGUUGAUCGCAGUGCAUGGAUUGCUGCUGGAUCAAAUGUGAGGCUUCAUGUGGAUCAUCUGGCCCAGCAAGAUAAGUUACCAGAGGGCUUCUCUUUAGAAACUUUUAAUGGAAGUUUGUCUUCAUUUGCGGAGAAAGUGGGUAAAUUGGAACCCAAGUGAGGAUAGCUUCUUAUGGCCCACUCAUCAACUACCUUAUCUUAGGCGUUUUCUGUCCAGAAGUUCCACAAAACUUGGCCGUGGUUCCUUUGCGGAUGGGUUUGGGAAUAUAUUAGGUAUAUUUUCCGGCUAAAUUAUCAGAAGUUAAGGUCAUGGACAUUACUUAUUUCUGGUAUUGUUGCUAUAUUUGCUGUGUUGUACUCGGCUAAUAAAUUUAAUUCCAAAUGAGACCAGAAGAAGGUCAGACAAUUUGGAACUCCAUGACAAUUUCUUACGUAAGAUAAGUUAAGUAUCUACAAGUGAUUAGUCCUUUUCCUUUUAUUUUGUAUUGAAAUUCUUAGUGUAAUUGGUCUUCCUGGUGUGAGCCUUAGUUAUGACAGUCAAAUUCUGUAAUUGUCAAACCAAUGAAUAUGUGCACGAGAAUGUCACGUCCCUUGAAGGAUUUUUUUUUU